UUCCCAGCAGCACUUAAAGGCAACUUUUUCCGCUACACCGGAUAUGACGUUUACUUUCAACGGAGCACAACUGCGAUUAAGCUAAGUAGUUAGCAAUGUCGGGCAUUGAGGAAACAGUUGAAUCUGUACAAGUUAACGAAGACAAAGAGUUUGAUGUAGAGGUCGAGGAGCACAUCGAGGAUGAAUUUGCUGUUGACCCGACUCGAUACAUAUUUUACAGAGACAGAAAGGAGUGGGCUGACCUGGAGCCUGUUCCACAGGAUGAUGGACCAAAUCCUGUAGUGAAGAUCGCCUACUCGGAAAAGUUCUCAGAUGUCUACGACUAUUUCCGUGCCCUACUAAAGAAUGAUGAAAAAACUGAGCGGGCUUUCGCUCUGACUGCAGAUGCCAUUGACCUAAAUGCUGCAAAUUACACUGUCUGGCACUACAGGCGAGUACUCCUGCAAGCCCUGUCGAAGGACCUAAAGGAGGAGAUGAAGUACAUUACUAACAUUAUUGAAGAGCAACCCAAAAACUAUCAAGUCUGGCAUCACAGACGUAUGGUGGUCGAGUGGUUGAAUGACCCCUCAGAGGAACUCCGGUUCAUCGCAGACAUUCUCAGCCAAGAUGCAAAGAACUACCACGCUUGGCAGCACAGACAGUGGGUCAUCCAGGAGUACAAACUGUGGGACAACGAGCUGGAGUUUGUGGAGAAUCUGUUGGAGGAAGAUGUGAGGAACAACUCUGCAUGGAACCAGAGGCAUUUUGUGAUUUCUCACACUACAGGCUUUUCAGAUCCAGCUGUAGUGGAGAGAGAGAUUCAAUAUUGCCUGAACCAGAUCAGGAAGGCUCCCCAUAAUGAAAGUGCAUGGAAUUAUUUGAAAGGGAUGCUGCAAGACCGAGGUCUGUCAUCUCAGCCAGGUCUGCUGGAGAGGGUGCUGGAGCUAAAGGAGACACAUUGUUCACCUUACCUUCUAGCAUUUCUGUUUGAUUGCUAUGAGGAUGCCUUAGAGAACAUCACCCAAAAAGAAAAGGUAGAAGAGGAGGAGCAAAAGGAAACUUUAAGAAAGGCUCUAGAAAUUUGUCGACUACUGGCACAGGAGAAGGACACCAUCCGUAAAGAGUACUGGGAGUUUUUGGGACGUUCUUUAAGGAACAAAUAUGGAAACGGUGCUCUCUCUGAUGAGCCCAUGGCAGAAAAUCCUGAGCCAUCCAUCUCAGCAUCACAGUCGCAGGAGGCUAGCUAGGUCUCCUGGGGACUCGCACCAUUUCCACUCCCUGCCCUGCUUCAUCGCUGCCCUGCUGUCCGCAGAAUCAACUCCUGGAGCUUGAUAUUACUGUAAAUGGCUAUAAUUUAUAUUUCUGAACAAGGUUUGAGAAAUAACCACAGACAUAAGGUCACCUAGAGUCUGAAAUACACGUGACAGCUGCAUCAGAAAGUCUUUAAAAGAAUGAGGGAGUUAAGUUUUGUCUCACACCUGGAAGUGAGUCUUUUAGCCAGUAUAUCAUCAGCUUUAGAUUUAUUAACUGGCUGUUCUUCUUCUUUGUUUCAACUUGAAUAUGUGUUUUGUAUGUUGUCAUGGAUUCAGCUGCACCCCUGUGAGUGUGACAUUUAUGUUGUUUUACAGCUUUUUGUUAUUUUUAAUUCAUGGAACUGACAUGUUAGUGACCGGACUUCAAAGUAAGACUUCAUUUGGACUUUUGGUUACAUGCAAACCCAUUUUUCACAUAAAUAUAAAGGAAAAUAUUUGUUUUGGACGGGGAAUUCAUCUGCUUGUGUUUUACGGAAAGAUGAGAAAUAUAAGUUUGGAAUAACAGCAGUGA